AUGGACGACCUUUAUGAUGAGUUCGGCAACUUCAUCGGAGAAGCAGUCUCUGAUGAAGAAGGAACGCAAGAUGGCGAUGCGGGCCAGAACUACGUCUACGACGUGGACUCGGAGACGGAGCAGCAACCUCAUGCUGACCAAUUGAUGGAAGUGGACGACGAAGGGCCCUCGAACGCUGUGAUAUUACACGAAGACAAACAAUAUUAUCCCACUGCGCAACAAGUAUACGGAGAGGAUGUCGAAACGAUGGUCCAAGAAGAAGACGCGCAACCGCUUACACAACCGAUUGUCGCGCCAGUCACGCAAAAGAAGUUUCAGGUCCAAGAGGCAGAUCUCCCUCCAGUCUUCUACUCGCGAGAUUUCAUGACCGAUCUUUUGAAUUUCCCCGAAGGAAUCAGAAAUAUAGCAGUGGCUGGACAUUUGCACCAUGGGAAGACCGCCUUCGUGGAUAUGCUGGUGAUGCAGACCCAUGAGCUGCAAGAAAGACUGGACAAGCGAAUAGGCAAGAGAAGAGAUGAACAGUUGAGAUACACAGACACACAUUUCCUCGAGCGUGAGAGAGGCGUCUCGAUCAAGUCCGCCCCUAUCAGUCUUGUCAUGCAAGGAACACGGGGAAAGUCACACAUUCUGAACAUAAUCGACACACCCGGACAUGUCAAUUUUGUCGAUGAGGUUGCGUCGAGUCUGAGACUGGUUGAUGGGGUUGUCCUGGUGGUCGAUGUGGUUGAGGGCGUCCAAAUCAACACCGAGCAGAUCAUCAAACAUGCCGUGCUCGAAGAUUUGCCUAUGGUUUUGGUCAUCAACAAGAUGGAUCGCUUGAUCCUUGAACUGAAGAUUCCACCCACCGAUGCGUAUUUCAAGUUGAAGCAUGUCGUCGAAGAAGUCAACACCAUCAUUGAGAACACGAUACCCGGCCAGGGAGAGAAGCGGAGACUGUCGCCCGAAAAGGGGAACGUCGCGUUUGCCUGCACAUCCAUGGAAUGGAUUUUUACGCUUCCGUCAUUCGCGAAGAUGUACUCGGAAACCUAUCAAAAGGUCGAUGCGACCGAGUUCUCCAAGAGGCUUUGGGGUGAUAUUUUCUUCAAUCCCCGGAGUCGAAAGUUCACUCGAAAGGGAAUGGAGGAGGGUUCAAAGAGGGCGUUCGUAAAUUUCGUUCUUGAGCCCAUCUACAAACUAUACUCCCACACCAUCAGUGAAAGCCCUGAAGACCUUGAAGCGACACUCAAAACGUUAGGAAUAACGUUGAAGCCGUCAGAGCUGAAGUCGGAUGCGAAGGUGCUGCUCAAGCUGGUGUGCGCACAGUUCUUCGGUCCUGCUAGUGGAUUUGUUGACAUGAUUGUCCAACACCUGCCCUCUCCCAUUGACGGCACGAAACGAAUGCUGGAACACUACUACACCGGUCCGCUGGAAUCUCCAGUUGCAGAAUCGAUGUCCAAGUGCGACUCGGACGGCCCACUAGUUGUGCACGUCACCAAGCUGUUCAACACCGCCGAUGCCAAAACAUUCAACGCUUUUGGCCGAAUCUUGUCUGGCACAGCGUCUCCCGAGCAGGUUGUUCGAGUGCUUGGUGAAGCAUACAGUCUUGAGGACGAAGAGGACUCGACGACCGCGACGAUCACAUCUACGUUUCUUGACUGCUCCCGUUACAACAUUCCUGUGUCCGGGGUCCCGGCCGGCAAUUUGGUUCUGCUUGCCGGUAUCGACAACUCCAUUGUCAAAACGGCUACUGUCGUGGCUGAAGAGUUCCCGAACAACGAGAGUGCCUAUAUUUUCCAACCCAUCCGGCAUUUCACCGAAUCUGUUUUCAAGGUAGCGGUGGAGCCCAUAAACCCAUCUGAACUACCCAAAAUGCUCGAGGGCUUAAGGAAGAUCAAUAAAUCUUACCCGUUGAUCACGACCAAGGUGGAGGAAUCCGGCGAGCACGUUGUACUCGGUACAGGCGAAUUAUACAUGGAUUGCGUCUUGCAUGAUUUACGAACGCUGUAUGCGGAAAUGGACAUUAAAGUCUCCGACCCAGUCACGCGCUUCUGCGAGACCGUCACCGAAACCAGCGCGAUCAUGUGCUACGCGUUGACACCCAACAAGAAGAACAAGUUGACCAUGAUUGCGGAGCCUCUCGACGAUGGGAUUGCCGAAGACAUCGAGGCGGGAGUGGUGAAGAUCCGAGAUCCUAUCCGAAAAGUUGCCAAGUUCUUCGAGGAGAAGUACGAAUGGGACAAGCUGGCAGCGCGGUCGAUUUGGGCUUUCGGUCCGGAGGAGAUGGGGCCCAAUAUCCUCUGCGACGAUACUCUACCUUCGACCACGGACAAGAAGCUUCUCAGGACAGUCCAGGAAAGCAUCAAACAAGGUUUCUCCUGGGGUACACGUGAAGGUCCUUUGUGCGAGGAGCCGAUCCGCAACACGAAGUUCCGACUCACAGGUGCCGAAUUGGCCACGGAACCUAUCUUCCGCGGCGGCGGGCAGAUCAUCCCUACAGCUCGCCGAGCAGUGUACAGUUCAUUCCUGAUGGCUGGACCACGGCUCAUGGAACCCAUCUACAGCGUUCACAUGACCGGGCCUGCGGACUCGAUUGCAGGGCUCUACACGGUGCUGAUGAAGAGAAGAGGCCAUGUGAUUUCGGAUGGUCCGGUGGCUGGCACUCCUCUCUACGCUGCCAAAGCUCUGCUUCCGGUGAUUGACAGUUUUGGGUUUGAGACUGAUCUCCGCAUUCACAGUCAGGGCGCGGCCAGUGUGUCGUUGGUAUUCGAUCGAUGGGACGUUGUGCCAGGCGAUCCGCUUGAUAAGAGUAUUCGCAUCCGGCCUCUGGAAAUGGCGGGUCCUCAACAAGCUGCUCGAGAUUUCGUGCUCAAGACGAGGCGGAGAAAGGGGUUGAGCGAGGAUGUUGAUGUCAAACGGUUCCUGGAGCCGGAGUUACUGGCUGGCUUACGAGAGAGUGGUAUCCUGGAUUGA